CGUGGCUUGGGGUCCCGAAGGGCCUAGUGGACCGCUGCCCGAUCGCCACUCCCGCCGGUUCCCGGAGCUCUGGGGCCCGCCGGAAGCGACUUUGAGGGAGCAGCGAGCUGCAUGCACGCGACAUGGCCCUGGUGCCCUACGAGGAGACCGCGGGGACGGGGUUGCAGAAAUUCCACAAGCCUCUUGCCACCUUCUCCUUUGCGAACCACAGGAUCCAGAUUCGGCAGGACUGGAGACAGCUGGGGGUCGCCGCGGUGGUUUGGGACGCGGCUGUCGUUCUUUCCACGUACCUGGAGAUGGGAGCUGUGGAGCUCAGGGGCUGCCGUGCGGUGGAGCUGGGUGCCGGCACCGGGCUGGUGGGCAUAGUGGCUGCCCUGCUGGGUGCUCAUGUGACUAUCACGGAUCGAAAAGUAGCAUUAGAAUUUCUUAAAUCAAAUGUUCAAGCCAACUUACCCCCCCAUAUCCAGCCUAAAGCUGUUGUUAAGGAGCUGACUUGGGGACAAAAUUUGGGGAGUUAUUCACCUGGAGAAUUUGACCUGAUACUUGGAGCUGAUAUCAUAUAUUUAGAAGAAACAUUCACAGAUCUUCUUCAGACUUUGGAACAUCUCUGUAGCAACCGCUCCGUGAUUCUUUUAGCUUGCCGAAUUCGCUAUGAACGGGAUAACAACUUCUUAGCGAUGCUGGAGAGGCAGUUUAAUGUGAGUAAGGUUCACUAUGAUCCUGCCAAAGACGUGCAUAUUUACAAAGCGCAGAAGAGACACCAGAGGGAGGACCUGUAGUUGGCUGUGAUGUAGAAGAAUGUUAUUAUUGGGUGUGUCAGUAAAGGUCUGGGCCUGGGAAUCAAACCACACUGGAUGAAAUGGCUCCUGAACAAAAAGUCUAACCAAAGCACAUGUGCCGUUUGAAAACAGAGCACCACUUUGUCCCACUGCUGUGACUUUGCCGUCCUAGUUUACUCUGAAAACUGCUACUAGCAUGCUAAAGGAAUGUAUGAGGUGUUCUGUGACCCAUACUUCUGCCUCUUGAUAAACAAUUUUCACUGGUGAGAUAAUGAAGGGCUGAUAGAAAGCAGUCUUCAAAGCAGUGAGCUUGUUUUGGUGAGACUGACCCGUGCACAUUGUUUUAAAUACAUUCUGAGACACACGGUGAGCCCAGCUUUCUAAUUUUCUGAAUAUAAAACAAGAGGCUUCAGGUAUAUUCCCUGAGCUGUGAUGCUCUUGAAAUCUUUUGUCUGCCCCAUUUAGGUUUUAAAUACUUCUGAUUACUUGAGAUUGGGAUGGGAGUUCUCAGAGGUCUCAUUUCAUGCCUUUUGGCUUAAUUUCCGAUUUAGGUCUGUAAACGAAGUAAAAAUAAAAGUUUAGUUACUUUUUGAACACACCGUGUGCUGUGCAUGGGCCGCCUUCUUCAAAAGCUGUAGUUUUCCCUUGGCACUCCCCUUUCUCAGAUGUUCCUGUAUUUCUUUCCUAGGAUUUCUCCUCCUUCGUAUAAUGCAUAAGGUGACAAUGUGUUAGCUCCCCAAGGAGUUCCUUCCACAUUGUGCUUGUAAUUGCUUAUUCCAAGUCUGGAUUCCCUGGAAGACUGGGAGCUUCUGGAGGCCAGGCCCACUGGUGCCACCUCCAGGACUGCCUCCCAGCCAAAUACUCCGUGUGUGAAAAACAUGCAUUCCAUUUAGAGUGUACUGGUCUUUGGGUUAAAUGAUUGCUCAUUGUUUUAUGAUUAUCUUUGACAGACUAUGAAUGAAGUCUCUCUCUCUCUCUCUCUCUUAUUUUUUUUAAACAAUGUAAAAAUUUAACAGUGUAAGCAAAUUCAGAUGACAAGAAUUAUAAUCUCAGUAUGAUAGUUGGUACUGGAGAUCUGCUUUGUAAAACAUUGGAAACAAGACAUCCUUCCUCUUCACCUUUUAAUGACUAUCUUGGAUGUGACAGCACCCAAUACCUUAUUUUCUACAUAUAUUUUAGAGGUUUUAUUUUUAA